ACCCAGACUCAGCUAUAAAUUCCUGCUCAACAUCCGCCCACGCUCAUCGUCCAAAGCACCGGUGAACUCUGCCGAUCUCAUCAUCUUCUCUUCGACGCCCGCUCUGCACAUCCAAGUCCACCAUGUCUCAACCAAAGCCAUCUCCACUUGCAAAACAGAUGAAGGAAUUGGGGGACAAAUUCCGGAGCUUGGACAAGGAUGAAUCUGGGUACUUGAGCAAGCAGGAGGUGCAGGAGGGACUCAAGAGCUUGGGGCUUCCCGAGAACUCCGUGGACGAUUUCUUCCUUCAAAACGACCGGGGAAAGGAUGACAAGAUCUCCUACAAGGAGUUUGUGGUGUACAUGUCAAAGAAGAAGUGAUGACAAGUCGGGGUGACAUGGAAUCGCACGCUCACGCACACCACACUACAACAUACAUAUACCAACACUGACAAAAAACAAAGACACACACAUUCCCUUAUUAUCACACCAACAUACACAGUAACCCACAUGCACGGCAACUCUCAUGCAUGCAGAAACACACCCGUAUGGAUACACAUGUACACACUGACGUAUAGAAAUGUAAACGUACGCACACCAACGCAUGUACACACUGACACGCAUACACACCAACACAUAUACACAGACUGAAAUGCAUACGCACACAAAUCUAGAUAAAACAUUGCAUACACACCAACACAGGGACAAAGACCUACCAACACAUACACACGUAUGUACCAGCAUGUGCGUACACACACUGACAUUGGCACUGAUGCAUCUCCUCUAUUGACAUUCCCACGGACGCAUCCCAUUCCUUGCCACUUACGUACUGAACAAGUGAAUACAUAUGGAGGUGAUUCUACAACCCUCACUAGGACUUCUCAAAAGCUGCCUUUUCAUGGUGUUUCAGGUGAAAAAACUUGACAUAAAUUGAAAUAAAAAAAAUUGGUGUGAGA